AGAGAGAGAGAGAGAGAGAGAGAGAGAGAGAGAAGCCAGAGGGAGAGGGGGAGAGGGGAUCUGUUGCAGCAGAAGGCGUGACCUGAAUGGAGAAUGCCAGCCAAUUCCAGAGACACACAGGGACUUCAGAACAAAGAUAAGGCAUCGCUGACACCACGCCGGGGACGAGCUUGCAGACAAGUCGGGCAGAGGGAACCAAGGCCAGGCAGCCAGGAGUACACAGGGCAGCACAAUGAGGUGGCUCCUCCUUUGUUAUGUUCUGUGUUUCUCCCUGUUGAAGGCCUCAAGCCACACCGUGGAGCUCAAUGAUAUGUUUGGCCAGAUUCAGUCACCCGGCUACCCUGACUCCUAUCCAAGCGACUCAGAGGUAACUUGGAAUAUCACUGUCCCAGAAGGGUUUCGAAUCAAGCUUUACUUCAUGCACUUCAACCUGGAAUCAUCAUACCUUUGUGAAUAUGACUACGUGAAGGUAGAAACUGAAGACCAGGUGCUGGCAACCUUCUGUGGGAGGGAGACGACAGACACAGAGCAGACCCCCGGCCAGGAAGUGGUCCUCUCCCCUGGCUCCUUCAUGUCUGUCACUUUCCGAUCAGAUUUCUCCAAUGAGGAGCGAUUCACAGGCUUUGAUGCCCACUACAUGGCUGUGGAUGUGGACGAGUGCAAGGAGAGGGAGGACGAGGAGCUGUCCUGUGACCACUACUGUCACAACUACAUCGGUGGCUACUACUGCUCUUGCCGCUUUGGCUACAUCCUCCACACGGACAACAGGACCUGUCGAGUGGAGUGCAGUGACAACCUCUUUACCCAGAGGACCGGCCUGAUCACCAGCCCCGACUACCCCAACCCUUACCCCAAGAGCUCUGAAUGCUUCUACACCAUUGAACUGGAGGAGGGCUUCAUGGUCAGCCUGCAGUUUGAGGACAUUUUUGACAUUGAGGACCAUCCUGAGGUGCCCUGCCCUUACGACUUCAUCAAGAUUAAAGCUGGCCCCCGUGUUUUGGGGCCCUUCUGUGGGGAGAAAGCACCAGAACCCAUUAGUACCCAGAGCCACAAUGUCCAGAUCCUGUUCCACAGCGACAACUCGGGUGAAAACCGGGGCUGGAGGCUCUCGUACAGGGCUGCAGGAAAUGAGUGCCCAGAGCUACGUCCUCCUGCCCAUGGGAAAAUCGAGCCUUUGCAAACCACAUACUCCUUCAAAGACCAAGUGCUCGUCAGCUGUGACACAGGCUACAAAGUGCUGAAGGAUGGUGUGGUGAUGGACACACUGCAGAUUGAGUGUCUGAAGGAUGGAACCUGGAGCAGUAAGAUACCCACCUGUAAGAUUGUAGACUGUGGAGCCCCAGCAGAGCUGGAACAUGGGUUGGUUACCUUCUCCACGAGGAACAACCUCACCACUUACCAGUCUGAGAUCAGAUUCUCUUGCCAGCAGCCCUAUUACAAGAUGCUUCACAACAUCACAGGAAUAUACACCUGCUCUGCCCAAGGGAUCUGGACAAAUGAAGUGCUGGGGAGAAGCCUGCCGACCUGCCUUCCAGUGUGUGGUUUACCCAAGAUUCACCGGAAGCAAAUGGCCCGAAUCUUCAAUGGACGCCCAGCUGAGAAGGGCACCACUCCCUGGAUUGCCAUGCUGUCACACCCCACUGAUGUGCCCUUCUGUGGAGGUGCCCUGCUAGGCCUCAAGUGGCUCGUGACUGCUGCUCACUGCCUCCACCAUCCUGUGGACACUGAGGGCCUACUACUCCACAUCCUCCACCUACUCCACCCUUCGGAUUUCAAAAUCAUCCUGGGCAAGCACUGGAGGCACCAGUCAGAUGCAGAUGAACAGCACCUCCAUGUCAGGCAGAUCAUCCUCCACCCUCUGUACAACCCCAGCACAUUUGAGAAUGACGUGGCUCUAGUGGAGCUGUCAGAGAGCCCAACACUGAACAACUUCGUGAUGCCCAUCUGCCUGCCUGAGGGGCCCUCACAGGAAGGAGCCAUGGUCAUCGUCAGCGGCUGGGGGAAGCAGUUCUUGCACAGGUUCCCGGAGACUCUCAUGGAGAUCGAAAUCCCUCUUGUUGACCACCGCACCUGCAAGGAGGCCUACGCCCCACUAAAGAGGAAGGUGACCAAGGACAUGAUCUGCGCCGGGGAGAAGGAAGGGGGGAAGGACGCCUGUGCGGGCGACUCUGGAGGCCCCAUGGUGACCCUGGAUAGAGAGAGAGGCGAGUGGUACCUGGUGGGCACUGUGUCCUGGGGCGAAGGCUGCGGGCAGAAGGACCGCUAUGGAGUGUAUUCCAGUAUCUACCACCACAAGGGCUGGAUCCAGAACAUCACCGGGAUGAAGCACUGAGCGAGUCCUCAGCCCAGCGCCACUCGCGCGGUCAGGCCGUGCAGAGAAGGGGCAUCGGGGAAGCAGCCGUUCUGCCCUCUCCCCACCUCGUACCCCACCCUCCAGCCCACCUACUACUGAGCAUUUCUGUAGCUUUUCCCUCUGCAAGGAGGCAGAGUACCAGAGGGGCCAGAAGCCAAGGCCGAGUCCAGCCUCGGUCCAUAGGAUCUUUGUGAUGCUGGGCCGCUGGUUUCAAUUUUUGAACCGUUUCUUUGCCCCUGGGAUGCAAAUGGCACGCCUUCCCUACCUCUUAACAGUCUGCUGCGGGUGGAGUGAAUGCGGACAUCCACAGCACGUAGGCCUGUGCGUGGCCUGUGUGCUCAAGCAAUGUGACGUGGCAGGGGACAAAGUUCUCUUACAAACUCCCAGGGAUAACUCAUCGCCCUCUGUCCAUCCCCUUCCUGUGACCCUUACUCCUCCCUCCAUAAAAAGGUGAAACAUGUGAGACUCCUGGUCCUGUGGUCCGGCCCACAGCAAUAUAAUUAUGCACUUUAAGUAGGUACCAAAUUGUAAGGGUGACUGGAGACAGAGACAGCAGACUGGGACUCAAGCCUGAUGCUAGAAUCGGCUCUGUCCCCAGCUUGCCAUGGGGCCCAGGAAGGUUCCUUUUUCUCAUCUUGAAGGGCACUCCCAGCUCUGACAAUCCCAGAUCCAAAGAAACCAUAUUUUCCCUUACAUAAAUGGGAAGUAAUGUAACCCUAAGGCAAAAAUUGUACUAAGUUCAAAAAAGCUCUGGUGCAAACAAAAUGUGGCUUUGGCUUCUGUCCUGUAACCCCCCGCCCCACCCUCCCCACCCUCGUCCCGAAGGACUCAGUCUGAACAACACACAGCCUAUGGGUCUUUCCUGAUUCGCACGCAGAAUAUCCUUCCUGAGUCCUAUCCCCAGCAGGAUGCCUCUUCCACCCAAGAACACUUUCUUUCUCGAGGAGCUGCUGGCGACUUCAUCCCCUCAAAAGUUCAGAAGAUUUCAGGAGAUCAGCAGCCCCAAGUCCCUGUCUCCUUUUCUAGCAGAAUUUCUUUUCUUGGGGGACAUUACCUCUUGCUCAGGGAUGCAGUUUCUAGGUUGUCCUGAGUGUAUUACUAAAAGGGAAAGCUCAUGGGAAUUGAGAAUCUGUGGGCAUUAGACACCCUGCCAAGCACUUAGAGACAGCAAUUCAUAGCCUGACCUAGUGCCAGGAGAAAGUCUACCUCUGCAUAGCCUGCUUUUUAGUUCCUAAAGUGGAGAUGACAAAAAGGCCCAACUUCAUCAAAUAUUUAUUAAGCAAGCCAGUGCUCUAUUUUAAACACCAAAGAAAAAAUGUGAUGCAGAGUUUUAAGACUGCUUGCAAGGCAUUCCACGACACCAUACCUUCCCAUUUGUCACUGCCUGGCUUCACCCCAGGGUCCAGGCUGUGCUGCCUAAUGCUCUUGGGGUUGCAGAGGUGAGGGGAGUGUGCUUCACACCUUCCAGGAGCUGCUAGAAGGAGCUAUGAAAGUGCCUAGCUGUCCACAGCGCAUGGGAAGGGACCUUACCAAGCGCUUUGUUUAGAAGAGGCACAGGGUAGAAGACAGGCCAUUAUAGUAUGGAGGAGUUGGGCAGGCAAUAUCAGAAAGAUUUUCUGGAAACAUAUCCAUGCUCAGGGUGGGUGUUUCCACAGAUGACACAGAGGCAGGCCUUCCCGAUGGAGAGAAAGCAAGAGUAAAGGUAAAUCUAAGCUUCCUCAGGUUACACCAGCUCUUCCAGUGAAAAUGACCCAUCCAGGAGACAGGUGCUCUGGCCUUAGCAAAAAAAUCUUUUUAAAAAGAGCCUUUCUCCUUCAAGUCUAGAAUAUUAAAUGGGGGUGGAAGCAGUCGCAGGAUUUCUAUGCAGAUAGCAACUUCCGGCUGAGCACAGUUUAGUCUGCUUUUUCCCAAUUGCAAUUUCAUUUAUACUCUGAGAAAGUGAUGAGCUGCAGACCCUCACUUGCCUUUGAUCUGCAAGCAUUGGUGAGAUGGGCAGCUCCUGCUCUGCCCAAGUCUCUCAGAGUUGCACAAGCAGAGGUGUCUAUGUGGAUUCCUUGUCUACCUCUAUGACCGCCUGGAUGCCUCUGGUGAUGAGAAGCUCACUACCUCCAAACGCAGCCCAUUCCAGCUUUAAAACAUGUUGCUCUUAAUCAGAAUUCACUUCGGUGCAAUCAAAAUUUACCUCCUUAGAGUAUAGUUUGUAUAACUAAAGCUAUAAUUUCAUACUGUGAAUCCUGUUAUUAGCACUAAUGAUCGUGCCUGGAUUUCAUUAGCAACAGAAGCCGCUCUUCUUGUGGGAAAUGACACAUUUCUUCUAAUAAACAUCUGC